UUCAGCGUCCGUGUUGGAGGGAAAUUUAUUCGAAAGUUUACAAUGAACGGUUCACACAUCGAAACUGCCUGUAACACCCCAACCAAAACCAAAUUGUGGAACAUCGAUACUGCCCGCCUGUUGAAUUGUGAAAUCGAGGACGCUCCAUCUAGAAAGAUGAAAAGGACAAGGAAAGGGAAGCCGGUCACAAGGAGGAGGCUCAGUUUCGAUCAGGACGAUGAGGAUGAAUUCGGCCCGGCAAGGAAGAAAUCGAUGAAAGAUUCAAGUUUUACAGUUCUCGAAGAGGAGGAGGAGUGGUUGAAAGAUUCCAUGUUUGAUGUACGGAGAGAGCUAGAUUUUUGUCCUGAGGGAAAUUGGUUGAAGAAGAAGAAGAAAAGGGAAUCCAAUUCUGAAACUGCGAACCGAUGCCAGACCGAUCAUGUAGUGCAAGUGGAAACACAAUUGAAAAGUCUGAAGAUUAAUUAUGUAAAUCGUAUUUAG